AUGAAUGCCGUUUUGAUACUCGUUGAUUCGGACACAAAUACUCGAAUGGCGUCAAAACCUGGCAGACUAUUGUAUGCAGCCGGCAAGUAUUCAACCAAUCCUGGCAGUCCUUGCUAUGUUGUCAGCAACUUUGUAGAUCAACACAAUCACGAGAUGGUUGAUAAAAAGCUCGUCCGAUACAUGAAAUCCAACCGCAACCUUGGGGAUAUCCAUUAUAAAUUCAUGCAGGACUGCUCAAAGGCCAACAUUGGACCUACAAUGACUUUCAAUUUAUUGAAGGAGUUCUUGGGUGGCUACGAUGCGGUGGGUUGCACCGUUACUGACAUACGGAAUUGCAAGCGCGACAUAUUGCAAGAAAUGAAAGGCGCAGACGUCCAAAUGAUUUUAAAUCAAAUGGAGGUGAAGAAGAACACCUGUGAUGGUUUCCAUUACAAAUUCCAGCAAGGUAGUGAUGGAAAGUUAAUUACCUCUUUUUGGUGUGACGCUGUGUCGCGAAAGAACUACAAGAUGUUCGGUUACAUUGUAUCAUUUGACACUACAUACUCAACAAACAGGUAUUGCAUGGUAUUUGGGCCAUUCACUGGAAAAGACAACCACGGAUGCCCUGUUACAUUUGGUGCCGGAUUCGUGUCAUAUGAGGGACCUGACUCAUUUUCUUGGUUGCUAAGUGAGUUUGUUGAUUGUAUGGGUUUCGCGCCUAAGUUGAUAAUUACCGACCAGGAUUGGGGCAUGAAACUUGCUAUAGAACGGGUUCUAACUAGUACCAGACAUCGUUGGUGCAUGUGGCACAUAAUGAUGAAGCUUCCUGAAAAGGUUCCCAAAAGAAUACUUGCCAACGAAGAGUUGAAGAAGGAUUUGGACUCUUGUAUAUGGUCUGAAUUGUUGGAGCCAGAGGAAUUUGAAGAAACUUGGCUGACCAUUGUGGACCAAUAUGGUUUACAAAAUGAAUCUUGGUUCACUACCAUGUUCACACAUCAAGCGUAUUGGAUUCCAGCAUAUUUUAGGGAUUUCCCAAUGGGGUCGUUGUUGAAGACAACUUCAUUCUCUGAGUUCGAGAACAGCUUUUUCAAAAGGUACACAAAACCUCAUUUUAAUCUCGCUGACUUUGUGAUGCACUACAAUAGCGCGUUGGAUGCUCAACGUAACAUAACUGAGAGGCUCGAUUUCUCUGAUGCUUCAAAAGUCCCCAUCCCGUCAACAGAGCUUUUAUUCGAGAAACAUGCAGCGGCUAUGUAUACAGAUCGCAUCUUUCAGCAAGUUCAAGAUCAGAUCGUCGAGGCGCAUCGUCGUUGCAGAAUGUUCACUUUGAGUUGGAGGACAAUACUGAGAUUUACACAAUAA